AUGGUCAUCUACCCCAUGCAGCUGUACACGCAGCAGCAGAACUCGCAGAACAAUGACGAGUUAAAUUUUCUCUUCACCAUCAGGCUAUAUUUGAACGGCCAAACGUCAACAUCAGAGGCCGGCGACAGAUGCAUCAAGCGAGGUUCAGUCGUAUCUACAGCCUCACGUAGAAAUGGCGCCGAAAAGUCCGGCAGAGCCCGAAACGGGCCUAUAUUUCUGAGGAGCGUUGUCAACCGCCAGUACAAAUAUCGCUGGCUGGUUUUGGCAAUCACGGCCAUCUCUUGCAUGUCUAUCAUUGUCGUUGUUAGUGUUGUCUACAGUAACCAAGUAAACGUAAAAUGGAGUGUCUUCGGAUUCGAACUCGGUCACUGCAACGCUGCUAGGCAGAAUCAGGCGCCUUUAACCACCGAGCCACCACACAACUUCGUCGUUAUUGAGUUGUUUUGGUGA